AACCCAUGCUUUUAUAAGAGUGUAAUAACACUUUCACGCACAUUGGAAGGUAAAGACUUGUUCAGCACAGCAGGGGCAAAGACAACAGAAGAAACUCUUGCUAACUCUCACCUUUUCUUUCAAGCACUACUUCGCCUUGAGAGACACUAUAGAUGGCUGAAGAACUAAAGCGCGUGAGAACGAAGUUUACUGAAUAUAUGACCUUGCGAGUAAUCCAACAACUUGUGAACGAACUUUUCGAUGUUAACAUCUUGAAUGACGGAGAGAGGGAGAAUAUCUUGGCUGUGAAUCGCAGCGAAGAAGACAAAGCUCGUGCCCUCAUUGACGCAGUUAGCAAAAAAGGUGAUGAGGACAGCUGGUGCUUCAUAACUUUCCUUAAAAAGAGGGAACCGAUGCUCUUCGAAGAAUUGGGACUCCCCGCCGAGCCUCCCCAUGGUACCCCCGGGGCGGAACCUCAGUGGUCAACCGAUCUCAUCCCUUGCAACAUGUCCUUUUGGACUUCCAAAAAGAAUGACUCAGAGAUCUAUCCUGUGACUAAAGAGUCCGUACGGAGCCGCGUGGCUCUGCUUAUCACCAAUAUCCAAUUUGAGGACGCGAGUCAUAACAGAUUGGGAGCUGAGGUAGAUGAGCGGAACAUGCAAAGGCUGUUGGAGGAUUUAGGAUACGAGGUGGUUAAACACACCAACCUCACAGGACAGGAAAUGGACAAGGCCGUCCUCAACUUCUCCAAACAUCCCAAACUCAAAGACACAGACAGCGUGUUUGUGGUCAUCAUGUCUCACGGGAAAUCGGCAUCGAUCCUCGGCGUCAACUGGAACAAGACCCAAACGGCGGAAGAAGAGGAUGUGUUUCCCAUCGAUAAUAUUUACAAACAUCUGAACUCAAAGAACUGCAGGGCGCUGAUCGACAAACCCAAGAUCAUCAUCAUCCAAGCCUGUCGAGGAGAGGAGCCCCAGGCGGUGUCGGUGACCUUGGGCGAUGAUCCGGGUCCACUCUCGUCUGAUGGUGCCGGUGGCUCUCGAUUUCUCCACAUAGAGAAAGAUUUCGCCGCUCUUUUCUCUUGCACACCUGAUACCAAGGCAUACCGACACCCAGAGGAAGGCUCUUUGCUAAUUCGGUUUUUUGUUGGAAUUGUAAACACCCACGCUUGUGAGAAAGAGCUUGACAAACUUUUCACAAUGAUCAUGCGAUGCUUUGAAAGAGAGGAGUCUGUGACAGCAAAACAGAAGCCAGUUAAAUACAGAUGGUCUAUGACAAAGGCCUUCUACCUCUUUCCUGGCAUUUGACACCACAUUUCUGAGGAACAUAUCACUGUCAGAUUGCGGCAGUAAUAUUAACAACUUUAUAUGUAGCUAGGAAGUAAAGGGAAAUGUGCUUUCGGCAGUUUGCAAACAUAUUUUAUUAAAGGCUACGUUAGACUUAAUAUAAUCACAUCAAUAUAAUCUUCAGUGGUGGGUGUACUUAUGCAAGCACAUGAUGAACCGGAAAGAAAGGAAACGUGCAAAGCAACUGCACAAAGUGGUUUUCUCCGAAGUGCUGUGCAAACCGGAAAUUGUAAUAAAAAAGACUGACAAAGUCGAAAAAUGA